AUGGCGGGAUCUGGGACUCGCCCUGUCAAGCCGACCUCCCAUUUACCCCCCUUUCUCCCCGCAUCACCCCGCCUUUCCCACCUCUCUUCUUCCCCUCUCUUCCCAACCCGUCCCCCUCCCCCGACCGUCCGCUUUCCCGCUGUCGUUCCGCGCAGGCUGGCCGGCGGAGGCCUCGUGAUAGUGAGCUUCAACGUGAGCGCGGCGGCGGCGGCGGCGGCGGAGGGCGCGGGGGCGAGGAGGGCGCGCGCGGCGGUGCAGUGGGUGUGCCGCGAGGGCGACCCCUGGCAGUACCUCCUCCACUGCGCCUCACCUGGCUGCCCAGCCACCAAGUCCUGCGAACGCCUCGCACUGAGCAGCACCGCUCUGCACCACCACCACCACGCGGACUGGCCCCUGCUCGCAGCUGUGGUGUAUCACGGGUCGCACAACCACCCCCGCCCUCCCGCGCGCGCUCCUCCUGCCUCUCGCACCCCUCCCGCUUCUCGCACCCCUCCCGCUUCUCGCGCCCCUCCCGCCGCUUGCGCCGCGCCGGCUUCUCGUGGUGCUACCGCUGCUGCUACCGCUACCGCUACCGCUGCCGCUACCGCCUCUUCCACGCGCGCCUCUACUGCUGCUGCCGCCACUGCUGCAACCGCAGCCCGCUCGUCUCCUGCUCCCGCAGCCGUGCCUCCUGCCGUGGGACUUCUUGACCUCAACGCGUCUCCCGGGCCAGAGCAGCCCACAAAUGCUGCUGCUGCUGCUGCUGGCAUUGCUGCUGCCGGUGCUACUGCCGAUGCUGCUGCUGAGAUCGCUGGUUCUAAGGGCGAGAAGGUGUGGGUGCAAGGCAGCGGAAGGAACAAGCACGAACCGCAGGAGGAGCAAGGGGAGAAGCAGGCGGAGGCGGCAGAGGCGGAGGAAGAGGCGUGGUGUGUGGCCGAGCGCGAGGAGACGCGAGGGCAGGUGGCGUGGGCAGCGGGGGACGGGCCGGGGUGCAAGCUGCUGCAGCAGGUGUCGCGUCUGCGAUUCGAGAUGGUGAGCGGAGCGAGCGAGGCGGCGUGGCGGGAGACGCUAGAGGAGGAGGUGGCGGAGGGCGGAGUGCUGGCAGACCUAGCAAACGCCCUCCUUGCUUGCAUCUCCAGUGCUGUCUCUGCCUCGGCGUCUGCCUCUGCCUCUGCUGCUGCUGCUGCUGAUGGUGGUGGUAAUGGUGGUGCCUUGCUGCUGUCACCGCAUCAACCUCCCCCAGUGCGCGGAACGGACGCGUUCUGGGCCCUGCUGCACAGCGUGCUGGAUGCGCUCUGCAGCAUGGCUUCGCGCCUCCCCCGCCCCUCCGCGCCCGGGCGCGCGCGGAACAGCGCGCAGGCGGAGAAGGGCGCGCAGGGGGAGAUGGGCGCGCAGGGGGAGAAGGGCGCGCAGGGGGGGAAGAGCGCUCUGGCGGGGGGCGGAGAAGGGGAUGCGCUGGGGGGGAAGGAGGUGUUGGGUGGAGAAGGGAAGGGGGGAGUCGAGGGGAAGGCGGGGGAGGAGAAGGAAGCAGGGGGUGUGAUUGUGAGAGAGGCGGUGAAAGACCAUCUGAGGGGGGAUGGCGCUGGGAAGAACUCAAUGGAUGUGAUUGUGAUGCAAGGACGCAUAGCAGAAGGGAGUGUGGCGGAUGGUGGAUGUGACGUGGUGGUGGGAAGGCCGCAAGCAGCAGCGCCAGAGGUGCAGCCUCAGCUACAGCCACAGCUACUUUCACAGGUACAUGCUGACAUGGAACGAGUUGAAGCGAACAGAGGAAGCAUGGAGAUGCGAGCACGAGCGGAUGGAGACGUUGCGACGGCAGAGAGACAGACGGGGGAACGAUCAGAUGCAGAACGCUCAGAGGCAGAGAAAGCAGAAAAGACAGACAAGACAGGCAAUGCGGACAAGACAGGCAAUGCGGACAAGACAGGCAAUGCGGACAAGACGGAGACGGUUACAACAAAGGGAGAGCGGAAGGCAGAGGACAAGGAAGAGGAGAACGAAGAGAAGAAGGAAGAGAGGGAUGAGGAGGGGAAGGGAUUCAAAGGAGGGCCAGGACAUGUUGACAAGUCGUUGCGGCUCUCUGGGGAUUGCCUGUCUACUCCAGCCGUGCAGUCAUGCUCCGGUGCUGCUGCUCCUGCUCCUCCUCAGGCUACUGCUCUUGCUCCUGCUGUGGGUGCUGCUGCUGCUGCUGCUGCUGCUGCAGCAUCUGCUACUGCCACUGCAGCUAAAGGCACUUGCGAUGCAAAGAGCAGCAGUGCUGCUGACACAGCCAGCUCAGGCGUCAAACAGUUUCUGUCUGCCCUGACUCUGCACCUGGAUUCAUCGCCGCGUGUAAUUGGCACUGCCGGUGCAGCGCCAGCACAAGCCGAUGCCGCAGCUGCAGGCGCAGGAGCAGAAGGAGGAGAAGUGGGUGGUGUGGUGGUGCAUGCAGUGCUUGAGCAGAUGGCUGCUUCUGCUUCUGCUUCUGCAGUGACUCGUCCCUCGCCCCUGAGUACCGGACUAGCUGGUGGUGUUGACGGUGGUGCAGGUGGCAGUGGCGACGGUGGUGGCAGUGGUGGUGUCGUCUUUCGGAAACCUCUAGAUCAGCCAGUUGCUGCACGCUGCGACAGUGACAGCAGGGGCCUGCUCGUAAGUUCCCUCAAAAGAGGUGGUGGUGAUGUGCUUGCAAAGGCUCAAGAGCAGCAGCCGGGCUCUGCAGGGUGUGACAGUGACAGCAAGGGGUUGGGUCAAGUGAAGGUCGAGAGCUGGAGGAGUGCGGAGCUCCAGGGGAUUGACUGGAAGCAUCGGCUUGCUGUUACAGGCACGGGGCUUGCAGUGGGGGGAGGCGGAGUGGGUGGGGGGUGGAGAGAUGGAGGAGGAGGCAGGGAGGAGGUGAGUGGAGAAGAGGACGGAGAAGGGGAGGAGGAAGUCGGGGAGGGGGAAGAUGGGGCAGAGGAAGAUGCAGAUCGCAAAGGGGGGGAGGGCUUGUGUGGUGAGGCCAUGCGGUGUGAUACAGCUUCUGCAAUCGGUGCUUCUGCUGCUGCUGCUGCUGCUGGGUCAGUUCGACUGGGACAGAGCAACAGCAUGUUUGGAGGAGUGGUUGAUCCUGCCGGAAGCUACAUCAACCCAGUGAGCAGUAUAGAAGGAGGAAGAGUGCAACGAGACGCUUGCGCCCAUGCGUCAGUGUACCCAUGCGUCAGUGCGCCCAUGCGUCAGUGUACCCAUGCGUCAGUGCGCCCAUGCGUCAGUGUACCCAUGCGUCAGUGCGCCCAUGCGCCCGUGAGGGGAGUGCAUGCACAUGUGCAUGGGACGGGUCCCGUUCGAGCUGGGCGCAACGUGCUUGGGAUCAUGCCCGUUUGCACCGACACCAACGACGCCGAUUCGCACUCCUAUGCCGCUCACCAGCAGCAGCAGCAGCAACAGCAGCAGCAGCAGCAGCAGCAGCAGCAGCAGCAGCAGCAGCAGCAGCAGCAGCAGCAGCAGCAGCAGCAGCAGCAGCAGCAGCAGCAGCAGCAGCAGCAGCAGCAGCAGCAGCAGCAGCAGCAGCAGCAGCAGCAGCAGCAGCAGCAGCAGCAGCAGCAGCAGCAGCAGCAGUGCCAGGGCAUCAGCAGUCCCACGGGUGCAGAUGGCAGUGCGAGCAGCAGCAGUGGAUCAGCAGCAGCAGCAGCGGCAACGGCAGCAGCGGCAGCAGCCGCGGCGGUGUCGUCGCGACAUCUGCAUCCGGACGGGUGGUCGUGGCGCAAGUAUGGGGAGAAGGCUAUCUGUGGCGUGCAACCGGGCAUGCGUGGCAGGGAGUAUUUCAAGUGCACAGUGCUCACCUGCACGGCUCGCAAGUUCUCCCACCGCCUCUCUCUCUUCCCGGCCUUUGCUGUCGCUUGUCAGUUGCGUGGGCUAACCUGGCAGGCUGAGGUUUCACCUGACCAUUCACCUGACGCCCUUGUUGCCCUGGCAGCAGCGGCACUGGGCAACGCCACAGGCAGACACGUGGCAGCUGCUGAUUUGCCGGAGGUUGCAGCGAUGGCUGUGCGUGUGGUGCGGGCGAAUAAGGCAGCUGUGAGUAAGGUGGGGAAGGUGGACAGUGGGAGAAGGGGUGGGGGAGGAGGGCGGGAAGGAGGAGGAGGAGGAUGUGGAGAAGGAGGAAAGGCGGGGGUUAGGGAUUUGAGUGCUGGGGGGAGGGGGGAGGAGAAGGCUAAGGCGAAGAGUGUGUGUGUCGUGAAGCAGAGAGACCUGAACUCCGUUGUGAGUGGGCGGUUGAGAGAGGAGCAGGAUGGACGCGACUGGAGCAGGUUGGUGAAGGCUGAAUCUGCUGAUGCUGCUGGAAGGACAGCCUCUGCUCCCUCUUGUGUCACCAACGCCAGUGCUGCCGCUGCCGCCGCCGCCACCGCCGCCGCCGCCGCCGCCGCCGCCGCCGCCGCCGCCUCCGUCGCCGCCGCCGCUGCUGCUGCUGCCGUCUCGACACCCAAGAAAGAGGCUAGUUCUUCAGGAGCAGUCCUGAGAGUUGCACGACCACCUGUCGGUGCUUCAACAGCACCAUCUCCAUUUCGCCUUCCCGUUUCUGCUCCUACCAACCCCUACGCUCUCUCUGCUACAGCUGCCGCUGCUACAGCUGCUGCGGCUCUGCCUGCUGCCGUUUCAGGCGCUACAGCCUGUGGUGCAAGAGGGGACGCAUUUGAGGGCAGAGGAGCAAGCAUGGAAGGAGGUCGGAGCACGAGGGCGUUGACAGCAGCAGACAGCCUGGCCGUGUGGCUUGCAUCUCUCACCACCACCAACGCCAACGCCAGGAACCCCCCUGGGAACAGCAAUGCUGGCAACGCUGGUAGCAACGCCGAUAGCCACGCCGUCAGCAACCCCAGCAGCGCCAGCAACGGCAGCAAUGUGAGAGUCACUGCGUAUGCAUCUGCGUCUGCCGCCUCUGCUUCUGCUCCUCCUCCGGCCUCUGCUGUCAAGAGAGCAGCAGGCAGCCCGGCUUGCGAGCCUGCUGUGUCGGGACGUGCUUGCAGCCAGGGAAGCAACGCUUGGAACGGUGGGUGGAGGGGCGGUAGUGUGACUAGGGAAGAGGGCGCACACACUCAGAGGAGCUCGCCUGGUGCAGGCGGGGGAGCGGAAGGGGAGGCAUGGCGAGGGGGCUUCAGAGGGGGUGUGCAAGGAGGAGUGAUGCAGAGGGGGGUUGAAGGAGUGGCAUGGAGUGGAGGGCAAGGAGGGGGGGUGGUGCAGGGGGGCAUGAGUGGGGGGGAUGCAGCGAUGGUGAAUGGGGCAACAGCAGUUGCAGCUGGGCCGGCUACCACAGGGCGUGCAGGGGAUGCAGCAGGGGAUGCAGCAGGGGAUGCAGCAGGGGGCACAGGGGGCACAGGGGGAAGAGAUUCAGAAGGUACCGGUACAGGGGUUACAGGGGGCACAGGGAGGGGUUAA